AUGGUUCCCUAUUUACGUCUGUGUCUCCUAGGUAACUAUGACCUGCGGGUGGACUUGGAGGACUUUGAGGGUAAUCAGCGCUACGCAGAGUACAAUAACUUCAAAGUGGACGAUGAAAAGGACGACUUCCAGUUAAAUUUGGGACAGUAUAAUGGGAAUGCAGGGGACGCUCUCUCUGACGCCCCCUCCUCCGCCGGGCAGCAAUGGAUCAAUCCAGGCGUUGGGUCCAACAGGGUCAAAUUCAGCACCUUCGACCACCCUGAUGAUGACACCAAGUGUAUCAGACACUCUAAUUCUGGCUGGUGGUUCAGUAGGUGUGACGCAGGGAACCUGAAUGGUCAUUACUACAAAGGGCCGUACCAAGCGAUGACCGAUGACGGGGUGGUGUGGUACACGUGGCACGGUUGGUGGUACUCCAUCAAAUCUGUGGUCAUGAUGGUACGAGCCGCAGACCUCGAGCAGCCGCCACCAGUCAUGGCCCCGUUGCAGGCACAAUCUGACAUCAACUUAACUCCCGGCAUCCCUGAUCAUCCUAAUGGCCAUUAA